AUGAAGUCAACCUUUUUCAUUGUCUGUUUGUUUCUUGCACUUUUAAUAGUUGAUACUGCCUAUUGUGCAACCCCCGCCCCCGUCACCAUCACCAGCACUAGCACUAGCACCCCUCGAGAGACUAUAACACCAAAAAAAGGAGGAAAAGAACCCACUGGAAUCUCAGCAUCAGCUAGUGUAAGCGCAACUGGAACUUAUGUAUAUCCUUCAGUCGUAACUACCCCAGUUAAUAUCCCUACUGGUGUCGAUACAUCAUCACCACUCCCACCUCCUCCAGAUACUGAUGAUGCUUCUCCAACUGCUACACCAACUGCAAAAACUAACAGUGGCGAUAAAGUUAACGCUAUAGGAAAUGGAAUCUUGGCAUUCACAGUAUUCAUUGUCAGCUUAACCGUUUUUCUUUAA